GUGUGCUGCCCUUUCGACUUUCGUGGUGUCGGUGUCAUAGACGACGAGAUUGAAACCGCGUCGCGGGAGGUUGGAUGCUAUGGAAAAGCUGGUAGGGGGAUUAGUGGUUGAGAUGCUCCCAGCUUGACUGGAGAAGACGAACCCCGCAUUCCCUAAACCAAUAUACCCUACGGUCUUGACCUCUGUGGUUGAAGUUGCCCUGUUUAUGAUGUUUGUGCAACGAAGCUUCUAACUGUCCGCCUGCGGAACGAGCAUGUGGAUAAUUUAUGGCAUUUCGCAACGCCGACGCUGUGCCUUGCAUCGGAGAGAAUUCCAUAUAGGCUUUUUGCACUACCCGAUGACAUUCGAGUCGUCUUUUCCCAAAUGCUUGCGCUGGGGUGACGUUGGAACGCGGGGUAGAUCGACAAUGUGUUGUCGGAUACCUCUCCGUGACACGCUAGCUCCACAAUGUUCCUCUACCAUUCCAAUGUAUGCCGCACUCGCAGCUGCUACAUUGGAUUUGGUUCAGCUCAUGCCUCAGCCCACGUGCGACACGCGGAUCGAGUAUGGUAGCUUGUUUGCACAAGCACACAAAGCGGCCUUCCCCUUACACACUGUUGCGUAACUCAUCAAAUGCUGAUAGCGCUUCAGUGCCUUCCCAAGGCCGCUUAUAUUGCCGUGUGUUUUCGCCAUUCGUAGAU